UAGUCAUGUGACUGUUUCACCUGUUUCGCCAACCUGUUUAUCCCAUCCGACGCCUGAAUCUCAGUUUUGUUUCGAUACUUUCAAAUUUACACACUUUUAGUUUCAUUUUAUUCAGCAGAACUGGGUAGAAACAGAAGCUUUAAAGUUUAUUGUUGUGUAGGGAGUUUAGGCUGUUUUUAUUUAUUUUUCUUUAAUUUUUUUUUGGCCGGUGUGUUUCCAACGGACUUCGACCUCGCCUUGUCAGCUUGCGGCCUACCUGAGACAAACAAGGAAGUUGAGACGGUUGGACCUUGCCGUCGCGGUCCGCAAAUAAAUGACGCCUCACGCGCGCGGCCGCCGACCCUGAAAGGCGAUUAAACUCUGAUUUUGAUCCGCUGACACUCGCCCCGAGACGCUCCUUCGUCUUUUUGUGGACCGGAUAAAGUCGCCGCCACCGGGUUAAGUCUCAUCCGUGCUUCUCAGAUGAGCGUCUCCGUGGCCGACAUGGACGCGUCACUGGAGAACACAUCCAUCGUCCACCUGAGCGCCCCCAUCCUCCCGGACAGGACGGACGUAUCCAACAUGACCAUCAUUCGCAUGGCCAAUGGCACCAUCCUGGAAGAUCAGCUUUUUCUCAACACCAUGACCGCCCGAGCACUCUCCGGCAUCUUUGUGUGGUCUGCCCUGCUCAUCACGUGCCACCAGAUCUACACACACCUGCGCUCCUACACAGUGCCAAAUGAGCAGCGCUACAUUAUCCGCAUCCUCCUCAUCGUGCCCAUCUACGCCUUCGACUCCUGGCUCAGCCUGCUCUUCAUCAACAACAACCAGUACUACGUGUACUUUGACUCGGUUCGGGAUUGCUACGAAGCAUUUGUAAUUUAUAAUUUCCUGAGUCUGUCCUUUGAAUACCUUGGAGGGGAGAGCGCAAUCAUGUCCGAGAUUCGAGGGAAGCCGAUACAGUCGAGCUGCCUUUAUGGCACCUGCUGCUUGGGUGGCAUGAGCUACUCCAUCGGAUUUUUAAGAUUUUGCAAACAGGCAACGCUUCAGUUCUGCAUCGUCAAACCCAUCAUGGCCGCCAUCACCAUUAUCCUACAGGCCUAUGGCAAAUACCACGAUGGGGAUUUUAACGUCAACGGGGGCUACUUGUAUAUCACCAUCAUCUACAACUUCUCCGUCAGCCUGUCGCUCUACGCCCUCUUCCUCUUCUUCUUCGCCACCAGCGACCUGCUCAGGCCGUACGAGCCCGUCCUCAAGUUCCUCACCAUCAAGUCGGUCAUCUUCUUGUCCUUCUGGCAAGGCAUGGUCCUCGCCAUCUUGGAACGCUGCGGCGUCAUUCCCAACGCGCUCUACAUCGACGGGGAAGAGGUCGGCGCCGGCACGGUGGCGGCCGGCUGGCAGAACUUCAUCAUCUGCAUGGAGAUGUUCUUCGCCGCCAUCGCCCUGCGCUACGCCUUCACCUGCACCGUCUACCAGGAGAAGAAGAACGACGUGCCACAGAGCAUCCAGUCUAUGCAGAGCAUCUCCAGCGGUCUGAAGGAGACCAUCAACCCGGGCGACAUGGUGCAAGACGCCAUUCACAACUUCUCGCCGGCCUACCAGCAGUACACGCAGCAGUCCACGCAGGAGGUGGUUCCGCCGGGCCCCAACACCAAAGUCGCCGCCACCGCCGGCAAGGGCUCACGCAAGUCGGACAAAGUCAUGCUGAUCAUGUCUGACGACGACUUGUAAGCCGCAGCAUCCAGGUGGGUGCGUCCUCGUCGCUGUUUUACCUCAACCGGAUUAGUUUUCCUCGACACAAUGUUGAGCAAUGACUGCUUUUGUUCUACUGAACUUUAAUGAAUAGCACAGCAGCCAGAUGUUUUGCCUUUCUUGGCCUUAUAACAAACACACCAUUGUGAUAUCGGAUGUGACUGGAGAAGGACUGUGACAAUGGUCGACACCGCCACCUAUUGGAUUGCAGUUGCCACUUGUUUGAGUCAAGAAAAAUGCAAGUUCCCGGUUUGGUUUUGGAGCAGGUACUUCAAACUGCAAAAUAGAUCACUGCAGAGUCUUUUGUAUGUGUUGCAUGCGUGGAGCUCCUCCAAAAUGGGAGUCUUAUGAAACUGUGCAACUAGAAAGCAGGUUUUGUAGCAUCUGCACUCUUGUGAAUAUAUUUGGCAAAGCCUUUUUCUAUCAGGGUGACUAUUUAUAAUUCUAUACAUUCUCUAUUAAGAUAUUUUCAGUUUUGAUUAUAAUUCUACUAUACAGGCGCAUCUAAAAAAAUAAUAAUGAGAUUGUGGAAAAUGUAAGUUAUUUCAGUGGUUUAUUU